UGUUACGGAAGAGGUGUGUUUCUGUGCCGUUGUAGGGCUACGUUGUCCGGAUCAGCGGUGGCAAUGACAAACAAGGCUUCCCCAUGAAGCAGGGUGUCCUGACCCACGGCCGCGUCCGCCUCCUCCUCAGCAAGGGCCACUCCUGCUAUCGCCCCAGGAGGACGGGAGAGAGGAAGCGCAAGUCCGUUCGGGGCUGCAUUGUCGAUGCCAACUUGAGUGUUCUCAACUUGGUCAUAGUGAAAAAGGGUGAGAAGGAUAUUCCUGGGCUGACAGACACAACUGUGCCCCGUCGCCUUGGUCCCAAGAGAGCUAGCAGAAUCCGCAAGCUCUUCAACCUGUCCAAGGAGGACGACGUUCGCCAGUAUGUUGUGAGGAAGCCUCUGAACAAAGAAGGGAAGAAACCCAGAACAAAGGCUCCCAAGAUCCAGCGACUUGUGACUCCCCGAGUCCUGCAGCACAAGCGCAGGCGUAUUGCUCUGAAGAAGCAGCGCACUCAGAAGAACAAGGAGGAAGCGGCAGAAUACGCAAAGCUCUUGGCCAAGAGAAUGAAGGAAGCCAAGGAGAAACGCCAGGAGCAGAUUGCAAAGAGGCGCCGACUUUCUUCAUUGAGAGCAUCUACAUCUAAGUCUGAGUCAAGUCAGAAGUAAAGAUGUACGUGAUACUAAAAA